AUGAUAUCGACCAGUAUCUUCACGACCUCAUCAGAAUAUUCACCAACCGGAUCUAGCGUGUCACCGACGAACUAUACGGUCACCGGGAUUCCGGAUUACGAUACUUCUACGAUGCUCCCGAUUGAGGUCACGACUACGCUACCGAAUGGGACGACAGCACCCUCCUACUGCGAUGAGCCUUGCCCACCGGGGUAUUCCGAAGUGGCCACGGCGAACAACCACUGCUACAAGCUGAUGAACUCCACGCAAACCGACACUUACUCGAGGGCCUUGGCUUUUUGUCAGGCUGAAUCAACAAUCCGCGCCAUGGCCAACGCCUACGACUUCCUGGACCCGACCGUUUUUGCGUUCUUCCAAAGCGCAACCGUCGGCUUGCAAGCCCCUCGAUACGCGUACGUGAACAUGCUCGGCUCGGCGGAGUACCGGAGCACCCAUCAGGUGAACAUCGUCCCACUGGCCGACGCGACAAUCUACAACCUGCGGAUGAGCACCACGGGCACGUCGGCCGGCCAGUCGACCGGAACCUCCGCGUUUUGUACGGCGCCAAAAUACUGUGCCCCAAACAAUUGCACCUUCCAAUUGUUCUACGACCUGGGCAAAGAUGCUGAUUUUAAGCUACCACCCAAUGGGACGGUGAUCGAAGCCGGACAAUACGUGUAUUUGCCCUGCGUCCGGACCAACUCGACGGAAAGCUACAACAUCAGCUGCACGUCGCGCGGGGAGUGGAGUCGACACCCGAGUCUGUUGACGUGCACCGAUGGCUACCAAAACCAGGGCUCCAGCGACAGCCCCAACCAGUUCAACCCCGAGUACCAGGAGUCGUGCGAAUCCUGCUACUGGGAGGGCACGGCGUCGUGCAGUUUCAACGAGACGGCAAAUGGCUGGUCGUGCAACUGCAGGGCUGGAUGGACGAAGUUUACGUGUUGGCAAGCGCCGGAUGACUGUGGCGACCUCACCUGCUUGCACGGGAGCUGCGUGUCGGUCGGGGAGGCUCCGUCAUGCGACUGCGACCCAGGCUUUAUGGGAGACUAUUGCGAGAUGAAUAAGUCGGCCUAUUCGUUCUUUGGCGGCAAUGGAUCGCUCCCAUUCGCCAGCCUGCCGACGUUGAACACGGCCAUUCUCGCUGGGACAAACAUUGGCUUGAUGAUGCUCAAGCUGCUCUCAAAGAUCAUCAUCGCCGGGGAGUGCGAGGACCCACAAGACACAUUCCAAGACAUGCGACACCAUGUCCUGUCCGUUGGCAACCUGGCCGCCCUGUUCUUCACCCACCCCGACAUGUUCGGGGUGAACGCCGUCGGGUGCCGCAUUUUUUUCUGGUUCAUCUCGUGUUGCUACGCGUUAGCGCUCUUCUUCUGGGCAAAUGAGUCGCUGAACGCCUACACGACGCUGAGGGCGCUGAACCGAAAUAGAUGGAACCAGGACUUUGAUGGGGCUGCGUACUGGUUGUAUAUGUUUAUGCCUCGCGUCCAGAUGCCGUUCUUCAUCAUGGCUGGGGUGAUGUUUGUCGUGGUGGCGGUUGGCUGGAGCCAGGUGGCCACUUCCUGGACUUGCUUUGGCAGCUUCACCGAGGGCACCACGUCGAUCUGGUUUCCGGUGAUGGCGAUCAAUGCUGUGCUGGUCUUGGCCGGCUUCGUGUUCACCGAGGCGGCCAACAGGGUGUUACUUUUCCGCCCCCAUUGCCACGUUCGUCUUCAUAAUUGGUUCGCGGUGAACAAACCGUACCGUGAUGGGGUGGUGACAAAGGUGGAGCGCAACAUUCCGUUUCUCUUCGUCGGCCCGCCGCUGCUAUUUGCCGUCUGGUUCACGAUCGCUUUGGCCUCAGAUAAGAAUACGUUCUUUUUGGAGUGCUUCUCAUUCGCCAUGACGAUCCUCUACACCAUCGUCAACACCCUCCAGAUGUUCUUCACCACGGACAUGUACUGUAAGAUCUACAUCGUGAUGGUGAUGUUCUUGCCCAAAAAAUUGACCCCGUCGCGCUGUCCGCUGACGAAAUGGAGCCGAGACGAGAUGCUCGCCAAGCACAGAAAAAAGCGCUGGGACCAGGAGGUUGAGGCCAAGAAGCAGGCGGAAGAAGCGAAAGCGCAAAGAGAACGGGAUGAAAUUGAGCGCAAAAAUCGUGAAUUGUUGGAAAAGUAUCCGGAUCUGCCUGUAACACUGCUGCAACACCUGCCGGAAACCGGGCCCGAUGUCUGUAGACCGGAAGCGUAUCCGAUGGACGCGACGGAUGAGCAUUACAUCUGCGAGUUCGACCGUACGCACUGGGCCCGACGGUGGACGCGAGGCUACCUACAGUUGAGGCAUCGACUUAAAGCUAGUCCCGAGAUUUGCGCAAACCGUCUCUGGAAGCGCGAAUCGCAAAAAGGGCUCUUGUUCCAACACAAGACAAUUGUCAAACAACUGACGUUUAUUUGGAAGCAAUGGUACGGCUCCGUGCCGCUGCGAGAUACAAUUGAGCUGACCCCGCAUCCGGAUUGCCUGAUCUUGAAAGACCCGGUGAGCAGCCCGUUGAUGAAGUUUGACGAGGCCGUCUCGAAGGUGCUGUCCAUUGUGGACCCGCGAGAGCGGAUGAGGAAGAAGGAAAUGCUCGAGGAUCCGGAAACGACGCCCUACACGAAAGCCCUCGAAUUUCUCACCUACCAGCCUGGGCCAAAAAUCAAGACCGUUCGCUUCCCGGUCACAGACGCGUGCGGAAUGCUAAAAUUCAAGGAGUACGUCAAGAAACCAGAUGUGCUGACGGAAGAUCAGAUUGAGGCUUUUGACCAAAAAUACCGAGAGGCCGUCGGGAAGCUGAAUGCGCCUUUCGAUAAGGUCUAUGACGACGACAAUUUUGUGCUCGCUCACAAAAGCACCGACAUGGAAACGGCGAUCAAUGAGAUUUUUAAUGUUCAACCCUCACAAAUCAGCAAGAGGGAGGGCGAAGAAGAAGCUCAACAGGGCUCAGAGUUUGAAAAUGCUCAAGACGUGGGGCAUCCGACGCUCAAUCCGAGAAGCCGACCGCUUGACUCGUUUUGGCUCGAUGAACGGCGGCCAGACUUUAUCGGCCCGACCUCGGAGCGAUCGGUGCCGCUGGGGCCCUAUGCGGACUUCGCGAAAAAAGCCAGCUACUAUCAGCAACUGAUCGACACGCAAUGGCGCCAGAUUGAGCACAACGCCUACUACCAGGAGAACUUGCAAAAGCUGCGUCGGGGGCAGCUG